AUGGUAUUCGAUUACCUGGACGCGGGAGCCGACGACGAGAUUACCAUCCGGCGAAACAAAGACGCGUACUCGCAGCUCGAGCUGCACUACAGGAUCCUCGCGGGCCUCUCUCCGCCCUUGGACAUGUCCACCAGGGUGAUGGGACGCGACGUCAAGAUUCCCUUCUUCGUCUCCCCGACCGCGGGGUCCAAGAUGUUCCACGCGGACGGCGAGGUGGGCGUCGCUCGAGCCGCGUCCGCCGCGGGCGCCAUGUACAGCCUCAGCACCAUGGGCACCGCCGCGCCCGCCGAGGUGGCGCCCGCGGUGCCCGCGCACCACCCGAAGCUCUUCCAGCUGUACGUCUGGAAGGACAGGAGCCUUGUGAGGGACAUGCUGGCGCAGGCGAGGGAAAACGGCUUCCACGCCCUCGCCCUCACCGUCGAUCUCACCUGGUACGGAAACCGAGAGCGAGACCACCGAAACGGUUUCACCGUCCCGCCCGCGUACACGGCGAAGCAGACGUGGGAGGCGAUGAGGCGACCGGCGUGGACGUGGGAUUUCCUGUCCUCCCCGGAGUACGCCUACGCCGCGGUGGCGUUCAUCCGCGACGCGUUCGAUCCCUCGUUCAGUUGGGACGACGCCGAGUGGCUGUGCCAGGAGUGGAACGAGGGUCCGGUGGCGCUCAAAGGCGUGGUUCGGCCGUCGGACGCGUUGAAAGCGGUGGACCGGGGGUUCGACGCGGUGUGGGUGAGCAACCACGGGGGCCGGCAGCUCGAGACGGCGCCGGCGCCGAUCGACGUCCUGCCGUCCAUCAGGGACGCCAUGGGCGGGAUCGUCGUCGACGGCGGCGUUCAGCGCGGGACGGACGUUCUGAAGGGUCUGGCGAUGGGCGCGGACGCCGUGGCGAUAGGCAAGCCGUACCUCUACGGCCUGUGCGCGGGGGGCGAGGCUGGGGUGAGGAAGGCGUUUGACGUGUUAACCGACGAGCUCGAGCGCGCGAUGGGUCUCUUGGGGGUUGGGACGGUCAGGGAACUGCGCGCGAGGAUGGCGGCGGGGGAGGAGCUGGUGCGGAGGAGACACCCGAGCCCGAGGGAUUUCCCCGACCGCGGCGCCCUCGAUCGGGGAUACGGCGGAGGCGUGUUCUGA